UAACCUUGGCUUUGCCACAACCCCCAAGAAGAAAAGAAAUGAAAAGAAAAGAAAGAAGAAAAAAAUAUGGCUUAAGAAGACGAGUCUUUUAAGUCUUUAGUCUUUUACAUAGACACACAGACAGAGAGAAACCCGCCAGCUCUUCCCCCAUAUGCUUUCACUGCACCACCAGAAACAACAACUACAUCUCAACCGACCCUUUUAGCUCUAAACCCCUCUCUCAAUCUCUAUGAACAACAAAACCCAUCUUCUCCUUUUCUGUUUCAGCUCCAUAUUUCGAUUCUAGUGUUUGAAAUACAUCACUGUUUGCUCUUUUUUUUUUUUUUUUUUUUUUUUUAUAUAUAUAUAUAUAUAUAUUUUUAUUUUUAUCUCAGUUUGUGAUGUAUUUGUGUUUAAUUUGAAUGAUUCUGAGGUGGGUUUUCGUUCUUUUGUUGAGAUGAGUUCCAUUAUUGGUGUGGCUUUUUCUUGUUUCUUUCUUGCAUGAGUAUCAAGAAAGGAAAAUGUAGCUAAAACAGUGAAACCCAUUAGACAAGAGGUUAGUUCUGUUUUCUGUAGCUAUAGAUCUCGUUCUUGCAUCGAUUGAUUUAAGCAAAUUUUGAGUGGAUUUAGAGUCUACAUUGGGAAGUGGGAAGGAUUGAAGUGAGGUAGAUUGAUGAGAUUGAUGAUAUUGGUAAGAUUUGGCCACACCCCAUGAGGAAUUUAAACUGGUUUAAGCCAAUUUCGAUUAAUGGGAAGCCUGGGAGGAGGCUUUCACUUGGAGAGUACCAACGGGCUGUGUCGUGGUCUAAGUAUUUGGUGUCUUCAGGAGCUGAGAUAAAGGGAGAAGGAGAAGAGGAAUGGAGUGCUGACAUGUCCCAGUUGUUCAUUGGCUUCAAAUUUGCUACUGGAAGGCAUAGUAGGAUUUACAGAGGUGUCUAUAAGCAAAGGGAUGUUGCAAUUAAGCUGAUAAGCCAGCCUGAGGAGGAUGAAAACUUGGCUAAUUUUCUUGAGAAUCAGUUCAUUUCAGAGGUGGCAUUGCUGUUUCGAUUGAGACAUCCCAAUAUCAUCACUUUCAUUGCAGCUUGCAAGAAACCUCCAGUGUUUUGUAUUAUCACGGAGUAUAUGACAGGUGGUUCGUUAAGAAAAUAUCUCCAUCAACAGGAGCCACAUUCUGUUCCGCUGAACUUGGUUUUGAAACUAGCUCUCGACAUCUCACGUGGGAUGCAGUACCUUCAUUCUCAGGGAAUACUUCACAGAGACCUUAAAUCAGAAAAUCUCUUACUCGGUGAAGAUAUGUGUGUUAAGGUAGCAGAUUUUGGUAUCUCGUGCUUAGAAUCUCAAUGCGGAAGUGCGAAGGGAUUCACCGGAACUUACCGCUGGAUGGCACCUGAAAUGAUCAAAGAAAAACACCACACAAAGAAAGUUGAUGUCUAUAGCUUUGGCAUCGUCUUGUGGGAGCUCUUAACUGCAUUGACACCAUUUGAUAACUUGACUCCUGAACAGGCAGCAUUUGCAGUCUGCCAGAAGAAUGCAAGACCACCUCUGCCUUCCGCGUGCCCGCAGGCAUUUCGUCAUCUGAUUAAGAGAUGCUGGUCGAGAAAUCCCGACAAGCGACCUCAUUUUGAUGAGAUCGUUUCAGUUUUGGAAACUUAUGUGGAGUCUUACAAUGAAGAUCCAGAAUUUUUUUGUCAUUAUGUCCCCUCAUCAUCUAGCAGAUGCACUGCUUGGAGAUGCUUACCAAAAUGUAUUACCAAACAAUCAUCUGCUACCUUGAAGCCUAGGAAUUCUUCAUCCUCUUGAAUUCUGUAUAAUUGCCAAAUAUAGCCUUAGGGUAUUAUUAUUAUUAUUAAAAUCAAGGUUGUGAAUUUUUGUGCCC